GAUGUUUCUUGUCACCAUAUACGGCAAAACCCUAAUUGCUCCGAUCAGCACCGGGAGAUAAUCUCUCAAUCACUUCCUCGUCUAACAGAAACUCCAUCCGCAUUUCCCUAUUCAGAUAACCACACAAUCAUGCCUCUCCCACGCCAGGUCUUCGUUGCAGUCAUUGGUGCCGGAGGCGUUGGAAAGUGCUUCCUAGCCCAGCUAUCGUCCCUCGCACAAUCGCUCUCCCAAUCCCCCGCCGCUCCCACCUACCUCUCCCUCAUCUACCUCAGCACAUCCAAAAAGGCCCUCUUGCACGCCGACUACAAGUCCCAACAGCUCUCGAGCUGGGAGUCGGAGCUCCAAGCCUCCUCUACCGCCCCCUUGCCUCCUCCACAGCUCGCCGACUACCUAGUAAAAGCCCCAGGCAAGGUCAUCCUUGUCGACAACACCUCGAACCAGGAGGUCGCCGACUCAUACCCUCUCUUCCUGAAGAAAGGCAUCUCGAUCGUGACGCCCAACAAGAAGGCCUUCUCCGGCUCCUACAAGCUCUGGGAGGACAUCUUCAACGUCGCAUCCAACGGCACCGGCGCCAAUGGCCUGGGCGCCGGCGGCUACGUCUUCCAUGAGUCCUCCGUCGGCGCGGGCCUGCCCGUCAUCGUCACCCUGAAGGAUCUCAUACGGACCGGCGAUGAGAUCCGCAAGAUCGAGGGCGUCUUCAGCGGCACCAUGAGUUUCCUCUUCAACUCGUUCCAGCCGACCAACGGCGGCGGAGGCAAGUUCUCGGCUGAAGUGAAGAAGGCAAAGGACCUGGGAUACACGGAGCCGGAUCCAAGAGACGAUCUAAAUGGUCUGGAUGUCGCGCGCAAGCUCACUAUUCUGGCCCGUAUCGCCGGCCUGAAAGUCGAGUCGCCCACCUCCUUCCCCGUCCAAUCCCUCAUCCCCAAGGAGCUCGAGUCUGCCUCCUCAGGCGACGAGUUCCUCUCCCGUCUGCCCGAGUUCGACGGCCAGAUGGACCAACUCAAAGCCGACGCCGAGAAGGAAGACAAGGUCGUCCGCUUUGUCGGUAGCAUAGACGUGCAGAAUGGCGACGUCAAGGUCGGGCUGGAGAAGUUCGACAAGAGCCACCCUAUUGCUGCUCUCAAGGGUAGCGACAACAUCAUCGCUUUCUACACGAAGCGCUACGGUGACAACCCGCUCAUCAUCCAGGGUGCGGGUGCGGGCGGCGAUGUCACGGCUAUGGGUGUUACUGGUGACCUGUUGAGGGUGCUUAGGCUCAUCCGUUAGGUGCAGUAGGUAGUGACUAUGGGCAGCGCUAUAUGUUCUAAGGUUCACUUUGUUUGACCAACAACGACAUCUUUGAUAGAAUGUUCUCUACAAAAUUGGAUUAGGUAGAAUGAAGCAAUAGUGGAAUAAGUACGCGCUCGAAUUAUCGCAAUAAUAGAGAUGCGCUACAUCUGAGAAAAGAUACACUCUUCGAGUAGCCAUCCAAGCUUGGAGCUCUUCGGCGCCGCCAGCAAAGCCGUUCUUCACAUAUUGUAUUGG